GAACCACCCUCCUUUUCGUCUCUGUUUACCCUCGCUUCUUCUUCUCUCUCGCUCUCAUAACGCUUCCUAUAACGGUGUCUCUCUCUGUUGCACGGAAUCACCCUUCUGUUCGUCGAGCUUCUACUAUCUCUAUAUACUUCUUCUCUUUCUUCUCUAUUUCACUACACAUUAGACGAUCCCAUCUCUGUCCCGCCGGAUGAUUCCACCACCGGCUAGAAGCAACCACCCUUCGUUCUCUCGCCAUCUACACCCCCUUGUGCAGCCUGCUAGUUGCAUAGCUCUCUUCGUUGGUCCCUCGUUGCUCUCCGUACCCGCUCCUACCCUCCCCCCCGUCCACGACUCUUUUCCAUCCGACGCGGUAACAGGUGUUGCUCCGGCCCCGAACUCGUACAAAAUCGAUGGGCAAGAGCCACAUCGGCGUCGCGGCGAGGGGUGGGUUACCCCUGCCGGUUCGCUCUCUUGCUCGGCUUCCUCGUUCCUCUGCUCGUUUCAACCCCUCGAUCGCGGAGCCAGCCAGAGCUUUAUAUAUACACGUAUACGUAUAAUGCCUGGCGUGUGUGUUCGCGAGACGGUGUGGCAGUUCGUUGGAGAUGGAACGGAGCAAAAGCGAAACGGAGAGACGACGAGCAGUACGCUGCUCACGCUUGACAGGGGAUGGUUGAUAAAGCGGAACAAGGAAAGAAAUAACCAACGUAUAGGAUAAAGAAGGAGAAGCAGUUUGCGAGGGUGAAAGAGGUACUGGAGAUGGUUUACGGAGCAGGACAGAAAUAGGGGCAAAGUAUGGAAGAAAAAAAGAGACAAAGCGUAAAGAGGGUGGAGGAGGACUGGGAAGACAGAGAGGGCAACACCGGGCAGGUUGUGUGCAGGCCUUUUAGGGAGGGAAGCGAGAAGGAGCUCUGCACGAAGCGAGGAGGAAAGGACGCAGGCGCCCAGGACGCGGGGCGACGCUGCUCGACGACGCUGCAUUGGCAGUUGCACCCCAGCCACACCCGGUACGAGCCAUGUAGUCGGGCUACCCUCCACCGCGAUACACGGCGGACAAUUGUUGCUUCUGCGCCCACAGGUGGUACAUCUUCAUCUUCGAUCUUCGUGCCCGUAGACGUUCGCGUCCGGUGUGCCACGUCGUCGAACGCGACCGGGGCCCAUGGACGAGCCUCGAUCUAUCGUUGACCGGUCGACCAAGCGCGCGUCGUGCUGCUCGUAACCGCGCUCUGCUCGUCCAUGUCGUGCCUCUCUCUACGUGUCUAGAGACCCUAGUGUUACUUACGUGCCACCGCUUGCAAAAACCUAUUUCGUUUCCUCGUUCAACGUCGUUUUCAACGUUCGCCCGUCAUUUGUUUCGUCGUCGUGGUUACUUUUACGUAUACUUCCGUGGUGCUGCUUUCACGAUACUCGCGUCUAUGUGUAUUGUGAGCUUGGGUUUUCCGUGUGCGUUACUCGAAGCAACCCCUCUACGGCAAACGAUCGAGUCGUAUCGAACCGAGUAGACAGGUAAAGUCGAGCCUGAAUUAUUUCUGCGUUAAUCGAAGGUGUUAGGGAGGAAGAGGAAUAGAAGAAAGAGAAAGGUGGGACGAAGAAAGAGUACGAGGAGGGACUAGGAACGCAUACGUGGUUCGUCGCCGUGAGCCACCGGCGAUCCAAGGCUGCGACGAGGCCCGCGAACAGCCGCACGAGGGCAGAGUUGUAGCUUCACGCGGGUUCCUCCUUUCGCGGUGCUUCCCCGCCGUACAAAACCAGCCAUCACCAGUGCGAGGAGGCUAAGGGAGGGCGAAGAAGUCGCGCAAAGUCCUCCUACGGGUUUGUUCCUGCUUUCUGACUGGCAAGCAAGACACCAGGCUACCGGUAGACACUGAGACAGGGUGAAAGAGAGAAAGGGAGAGGGGACCACUUACCAGAGGGAGUUAUCGACUACACACGUAAGGCGACAGCGCACACGUACGGAUACACAAACAUCGCGGACCUGUUGUCCAACUUGUUGCUCGUCCCUGCAAAAGGCACACCUCGCCUGCCUCCACGACGCACACGUUUGCUUUCCGAAAAAGGACCUUCGGUUAUUUACAAUUCGUUAACUCGAAGAUAGCAGCUUGAAUUUUCAGCUGGAAGAACCACAGCCUGGCUGGCUCGGUCUGUUAUUCAGCCUACCGAGAGAAUCGCGAUUAAUCGAGCGUAUUUUAUAAAUCCGCUCGCUCCAGAGAUAAGAAACUGGUGAUUCGAUUUGCUCCUCUACGCUACUGGAAUUGUACCUUCUUAUUAGAAAAUCUGUUUAAUGGUGGAAGAUUGAAGGUUCUACGAGAGACUGUUUUUAUCGGGAACAUUGGUGAUUGGUGUAUCGAGAAGAAGGAAUAUAUUGGGAAAGAUUUUUUUGAAAUUUACUGGGACGGUUUUAGAGAAGAGUAAGAGGAAGCACGCGGCGUCGCGACCAUUAUUUGUCGGAUUCACCGCACUCGAAAUCGCCGAGAUGAGGGUAUCGUCGCGAGAAUGGACACGCCCGAUGCUGCACGAGAGUGUUGCCGGCAGAAUGGAACGAUGCUCGGAUCAGGAGGGCGAGUAGACGGUGAAAAGUAGUCCGAGUGGCGAGAACUGACCUCUGAGAGAGACUCGAUGCGGUAUCAGGACGAACCGAGAUAUAAAACAUGAAUAAUUAAAUACAAUAUGAAUAUUCGUAAAUAAUCACGAAGUAUAUGUACAUUUUUAAUAACCGUGAACACUGAAACAAAUUUUAACCGAAGAGAGUUUUUCAAGCGGCGUACGAAAGAAAAUUACUGAAGAGAAUAGCGUUAAUAAAAAUAGUUGAUACGGAUUGUUUGGAUUUUAUUAAACUACGAUGAAGCGUAUAGAUGAAAGAUUUAUCCAGAGGAUAAGGAACGUAAGCACCGGAGGCGACAGUAAGCGGAAGACAGGGCAAAAGUAGACGAAGACCGAGGAAUACCGUAAGAACCACGUAAUCUUCCACCCGUGAAUACAACGAAAGCAAUAUUACAAACAAGGUAAAGCAACAAAGAGAAUCUAAGAAAAGAAACAAAAGAAGCAAACUAAGAAGAAAUAAAGCAAGGCAAGCUACAUUUUUCUUUCUCUCUUAUAAACUCGAGUUACACCGAGGAAUCUCAUCUGGAACCACGUACAUUAACACGCACAAACCAAGUGUUAUUAAAAAGAAAGUUUCCAGUGAGGAAACACUUCCGGAUAAUCCCAACUUCCGGGUGUAUCUGAAAUCUCGAGUUGGACUGACUCGCUUCGCCGAAAAGAUAUUUUAAUAUAAAUCUAUACACGUAUCUAUAUAUGUGUAUAUAUACACACACUAUAUAAAUACACAAAUAUACAAGUAUAUUUAUACACACAGACACGUGUGUAUAUAUAUUUACGUGAAAUACACACGUAGCUCCGUUUGAAAUCGUGCAACGACAUCUAGAAUUAAAAUACCGCCCCCAAACGGCGAUCGGAAUCGACAUUUCCGGUAGAAACGAGCCCGCCACAAGGAAGUGUCCCGUUUUUAUCAACUCUGCGAAUCGAAUAUCGAUGCUGCAAUUACUUGGAGCUUGACUAGUUCCUCUCGAGACGCUCGUGUAAGUCCACUUGGAACACGUUUCAUCGUACGACACAGGGAACACAGGACGAAAUUUGUUUAACGAGCAAGAGGAGACUCGAUAGGUGAUCCAAUCGCGAACAGGAAGUAGGAUGAGGACGAGAAGAUUGACGAUGAGAAACGAGGCGUUGCUGGGCUGAAGCAUCGAUCGUUCGAUCGACCGUAAUCCUGGUGGCCUCCACGAGGACCACCAGGGCGACAUUUUGCGCGAAUCGAAACCACGAUCGAUCGUUUGAUAAACGACGAUCGUCUUCGACUGAACGAACGUCUAUCUGGUGCUCUGGAAGUACAAACUCGGGAAGAAUUGAUCAUUGAGAAAAAUAUUUUGUUUUUCGAAAAGAAUAUAAACAUUGGAGGAUUUCUUCUUAUUCGUCAUACCUUUUUUUAACCAGAAAUAUAAUCGAAAUAAUUCAAUAAAAAUCUAUCCGAUGAUCUGGAAAUACGAAGAUAGAGAAGAAUUUUUUUCCAAAAAAAAUCGAAAUAAUUCAAUAAAAAUCUAUCCGAUGGUCUGGAAAUACGAAGAUAGAGAAGAAUUUUUUUCCAAAAAAAAUAUAAAAAUUUAAGGAUUUCUUUUUGUUAGUUGUUUAUUCUUCAUCUACAUCGGAUCUGAAUUUCUCCCUAUUUAGGACCAAGAGAAAGAAACCAAAAGCCAAGAUGCCGCGGUGUUAUAUGGUGAAGAAGGCCCUGUGCAACAAGUAUAUAAGCAACGUUGCCAGAGGAUUCGAGAGCUGGGGUCGCGGAAGGACCACGCCAUCGCCGACCACCAUACAAAUCCCAGUUUCGCCCAUAGAAGGGAGCGUCGCACCCCCUGUUGCUCAAGAAUACCUGAAUGCGAAGUCCCAAGAUACGACUGCAACGACAGGAGCGAAGACGCUCGAGCAGAAUGUCCCGAAGGAGAAGGUAAACGAGCCUAGCAAUGUGGACAUGACGGCGACGACGAACACCACGAGUACACCAUCGACGGAAUCUUCGACUGCAGCUCGAACGGAGACAUCGGUGAUCACCUGCACAGCUACAUGCUCACCAUCCACGGUGGUAGCUCCGCAAACGACAGAAUCAAUCGCCUUGAGCGUCGAGGACACAACGAUCACGACAUCCACGUUGCCUUCCACGGCUCCCAGAUCACCGUCCAAAACAGUUCACACAGACCAUCAGCAACAUACGACCGUGCUCCAUUACACGCCACCGAGGGAGCCUUCUCCAUCCUCGAACACCGCUACACCGUACCACGUGGAAGAAACAGCGGAUCAUUCCACGUCUGAUUCAAGGAUAGGGUCCAAUAACGGCAAUGUGAUCACCAAUUACGUGUCCUCGAUGUUCAAAGACCGUUCAGCGGCUGAAACAGAAGCUGCACACGAUUUACUAGAGCUCUCAAGAUCGUUGCCCCCAUUACCACCGCCCAGUGUCGCCAUCGGGCCACAAAACGUGAUAGAGUCACCUGCAACCGAUAUCCAAGAGAUGACGGUGUACCAACCGAAUCAACCGAUCUACCAAGUGAACACUAUCGGUUUAACAAGUUCUACAGUCUACACCCAUCACCAACACCAGCAACCAACAACUGCGAGCAUCAUUUACGAGCCCAGCGCAACGAUAGUCCAGCAAACGGGCAGCGUGUUCAUCCCACUGUCCCCUGUUCAAGAGAUUCUGCUCACCUAUAGCACGCCGUCCAUCCCGUGCACGCCGACCAUCCCGUGCACACCGACCAUCCCGUGCACGCCGAUCAUGACUACACAUCAUCCACCCCAACUACUACCACAACAACAGCAUCUUCUCCAAGCCAUAGAGGCAGCACCACCACUAACCCCACCUACGUCAGAGUGUAGCAGCGAUAUUGAAAAUAAUAAUCCCAAUUCCCAACCCAGUCAGAAGGAUAAAGAGGUGCAAACAGUGCUCGAACAGAGCGAGGUGAAACCGGCGAGUUAUACGUAUGACACUUUAUUGGUGACUGACGGGAGGUCGAAGAAUAAGAAGGUUUUACCUAUUCAGAAAACGCAGGAGGCUGAACCGGUUGAAGGACUUGAGACAUCAAAGAUCGGGCGUUACGUCUGUUGCGAGUGCGGUAAACAGUACGCGACUUCGUCAAACUUGUCACGACACAAGCAAACCCAUCGUAGUAUCGACUCGCAAUCGGCGAAGAAAUGCAUCCACUGUGGCAAAGCAUACGUAAGCAUGCCAGCCCUGGCGAUGCACGUGCUGACCCAUAAACUAACACACAGUUGCGGUGUCUGUGGCAAGAUGUUCUCCAGACCGUGGCUACUCCAAGGACACCUGAGAAGUCACACGGGCGAGAAACCUUAUGGGUGCGCGCAUUGCGGUAAAGCGUUCGCCGAUCGGUCGAAUCUGCGCGCCCACAUGCAGACGCACUCCGCGGACAAGAACUACGAGUGCCACAAGUGUCACAAAUCGUUCGCGCUCAAAUCUUACCUGAACAAGCACCUAGAGUCCGCCUGUCAAAGGGAGAACGACGAUUCCAACAAUGACCUAGAUGCACCUCAAUAGAUUCCAUCGAGUUACGGGCACUUUUGGCGCUAGUGUCGCUGCACGUCAUCAAUUGGCGACACAUCAGAUGAUAAACGAAAUGAAAGAAAAGAUUCUCCAAGGUGCAAUCCCUUCUGGUAUCAACUUCAAUGGGUCAAUUCAAUCUUUCUGGAAUUCAACAGUUCCAACAAUGAUGACUACUUCGUUGUUUCCCUUCCUCCCUCUCGUAAACUUCCAAAAAAUCCCACGAACCAUUCUCUCGAUGAAAAACGUAAAAGGAAGGAUUCGUCCACGAAACAACAGAAACAACGAAGAAUUUCGAUCGUUGACGUCACAGGUGAUUUUUCGAUUAACCAACAAUCACGAAUUCAUCGAGUUCCCAGUCUGGGUAAGCGAACGAUCUCAAACUGAUCGCGAUUCAUGUCACCAGAAGCUACCAGCAAGCAAGGAACAGACAUUUCGAAGAUGAAACCCAUAAAAUAGGCGGACGUUGAACCAACGCGAGAAUAUCGUGGUUAAACUAACGUUCUGAAUUCUCGUUUCGUUCUUCGUGUGAGUAAACAUUCAAAGGCGUAUAUGAUUAACGUAAGCUGAUUAUUAAAGUCGUUUUCGCACAGAGAAAGGAACGUUCGAGGAGAACGGAGCGUAUAUACAGGGAUAAAUCGUCGUAAAGUAAGGAGACACGUGUUUCAUUGCAUCAAGACGCGCACGGUGCGAUUCAAACGACAUUCCUUUCGUCCAUGGACGCUCGAUGAGAUUCUAUUCGUCGUCCGGUGAAAUCGAUAUUCGCGUGGCAUCAAGGGAAACGAAAACGACGCUCGUUCGCUUGCCGAUGAAGUGUCUGGAAUACGAUAGGGAGAGGCAAAGAACGAACAGCGCGGCGAAAAUCGAUGCAAUACUAUCGAGGGACCAUCAAUUUGUGAGUAAAAUUCAUUUCGAAUCGCCGAUAGUCGAUGGGAACCGGGUCAAUUCUAGUCAAGGAACUUCGGAAUCCAAUGAAAAUAAUGCAUGCUCCAAGUACGCUUACUAGUCGAUUUAACGACCUUCUCUUUGAUGAAACUUGGCAGUUUUCAGAUGUCGCGUGGCAAUUCGUGUACCAUCGUCUCAUUCUUAUUGAUUUUCUGCGUGCUCUUCUGCAAUUUGACUUAAUGUAAUAACCUGUACAUAGUGGGAUCCACUGAUUGGGAUCAUUAGCACGUUGAUAGGAAUAUUUGACUUCUAUCUUAGUUCUAUCUUAUCUAUCUUAUCUUAUUCUAUCGCGCGGAAUAAAAUAGUCGAAACACAGACUGAAACGUGAUUCGUGAUAGGGAAAGCGAUCUCAAGCGACCAAUUAAUUUCAGGACAAGCUAUAGCCAAAGAAAAUUUCGUUUGAUUCUCCAUUUCAUACUUGUCGACGUUUUAACGUGCCUCUUCUUUCUCAAUUCUGCUCGACAUUGAUCUCAACCUCAUUCUCAACUUCCUUUCGUAUUUAUUUUUCGUACAAAUGUAGUAAUAUCUUCACGACGAGCUAAAACAAUAUAUCGUAUCGUAACUUGACCGUCGUCGAAAUGAUUCGCGGGCAAGUUGAUAUCCGAUACCUAUCGAUGGAUGAUAGGAGACUAUCGAUGUUAGAAACGCGAAAAGUUUCCACGCGAACGUAAUUUCCUCGAGGAAUCGUUUUCCCAAAGUUUCAUCGGCGCCCUUGGCGUACAAUAGGAACGAUGGAGGGAGGAUGAGCACACGUCGGAGGUUUUCAUCAACAUUUCACGUAAACUGGACCACCUGUUGAAUGCAGGAAUGACCAUUGGUGGCGAAAGGGUCGCUCUCUCGUUUCGCUCUCCUAAAUUAUAGAACAUCCUCCCGUAAUUUCCUCGUUGUCAGAAGUAUACGCCAACGAGACCGCCAUUUUUCGUUUUUUUUUCUUUUUCUUUUUUUUUUUUUUUUCUCUUCAAUGAGAGAUGAUUUAUAGAAUGACUCGAUCUGCGUAUUAAAAAAUUACGGAAAUUUGUUACAUCCUCGAGGAAUUUCCUAAUCGCUUAUCUAGUCAGAAGCUUCUAGUUGAUAAUCGAUCAGUAACAAAAUUUUGAGAUUCUUCUUUUAUCGUAAAUUUCUAAUUUAAUAACGCAAUAAUGCAGCUCUUACUCGAUAGUUUGUAAGUGCGUAAAUUUUUAUUUUAGGAGUUAAUAAAUGAACAAAUAUUGCAAAAUAGACUUAGACUGUUCUAUUCUAAGAUCGUACUUAGAUCGUUAGCUACGCUUUCAUCGUUCCUAGUCCAAUAGUCGUUUUAUUUAUCGUCUAGUUCACUCGUACUUACAACGUUCUUAAUCGUAAUAUUAAUUUGAUAUUUUAUUAUUACGACGGAAGGAAAAUUAGAGCGGGGAAGACGAAAGGAAUGUCGAAUGUAUAGAAAAUAUCAAAGACAAGCACCGGCAAGAAACUGAAAAAAGAAAUAAAGAGACUUCCGCUCUAGUCAGUGAGCUACGCUUGUAUCGUAUCGUUUUAUCUUAGGUUGCCUCGAAAAACGGGGCUUAGUCUUGUAUAAUAGGUGAAGUGAUCGUUCUUAAAUUUAAGUUGUUCGUGUCGCUAUUGCUUUCACGUGGGGAAAAAACGCGUUUUUUAUAACGACCGUAGAGAUAUUUUGGUACGAAAACGUUUUCAGCGAUUAGAAAAAAAAAAAACAAGAAACUUAGGGGAUCGACCGAUU